GAGGGUGAGCAUUCGGAUGAGCAUUCGGCACACCAAUCAGAAAAAGAAUAAGCAUACAAGAACCUGGAGGAAAUAUAUCCAGUGGAGCCUGACACCGAUGGCCCAAGACUGAAAGAAUGCCAGGCAGUUUCAGAAUUACACGGGAGAUACUGCUACGACAGAUGGAGGAGGCGACAGAAACAGAUCCGUAUGGAUGUCAUCAUUGCACAUUACAAGCAUGAAAAGCCAACCCCCAGCCAAGUCCAGAGCUACCUGAAGCGGCAAGGGUGGCUUAAGCAUGCCCCAACUGUGGAAGACAUCCUGCUGUACUGGGAGGCCAGCGAAAAGCCAAAACCUGAUGCCAUUGAAAGAAAAAUACAAAGUUUUGUCAAGACUCAACAGUGGCCAGGAUUAGCUGUUGUGGAUGAUCCUGUCAAAGGACAGAAAGUAGUAACUCUCCAGGACUUUAAAAAAGGAGACUACAUUUGUGACUACCAUGGGCCGGUCAUUUCAGCAAAGGAAGGGGAACGGCUGAUGAGGUCGGUGGAACAGAAUGAAAUGGGAUACUUAUAUUUCUUCUUGGACAGAGGGAAUAAAAGACUCUGUAUCGAUGCCCAAAAUGUCCCUUGCUCCUGUCACAGUGAGCUACCGACAACUUACGGGAGAAAAAUUAAUCACUCUCGUAAAAGGCCAAACCUUAAACCUAUGGUAAAAUAUUUCCCGGAUGACACAAGGCCGCACAUUUUGUUUUCGGCAAACAAGGCCAUUGAUGCUGGAACAGAAUUGCUGUUUGAUUAUGGAGUCACACAGAAGUCCUUUUCUGGGGAGGGGGCAGAUCUACCAUGGAUUGAUGAGUAGAUACCCUCAAACUUUGUACAUGUGAUCAAACUUGAUGUGAGGAAAAUAACUCUUAUGACUUAAACAACAGUCGUGCCCCUUUGCUGCCAGAACUCCUCGCCCUGUUCCUCUCGUUAAGUCCAGGUGGCAUCUGAGUAAGCUGAGCGCUCCUCCCGAAGCCAAAGGCGGUCACACUACUGGUGAAGCCGAGACCAGGAGCAUCUGUUCUGGUUUAGGGUGCCGACCGUGACACUUUGACAUGCUAGUCUCUACACUUGUUGGCACAUCAAUCAAGACUCUAAACAGACUUAAUACUUCCAUCCAUGAGUUCCAUAACUAAUUAAAAACUCAUCUAUAUAGUGAAAUUUUAAAACUGCAUUGUUUAUUUGUUGCUAAAAUAAAUAUGUUUACAGUUUCAUUUUUGUUUAAAAAAUUUUGAUUCUAUUUUUAAGUUUUUGGGUAUUAUGUGUAAUUGAUAUCUAUGCUCUCUAAUCCCCAACUAUAAUCCACAUUGACUUGUUUUCCCGGUUUUGGAACCCCAAAAUCAA